UAAUCAGUUCAAAUCAGUAAAUGAACAAAUUCAGACGAAUCAUCAAAAAUUUAUAAUCAUCUUGAAAUAUGAAAUAAAAGAAGCUUUUGCCUUUUAAUUAAAUAGUAAAGACUGUGAUAAAUUAGAUGGCUUUUCUGGAGGAUACAGCGAUAAUAUUAGUUUCUCAGAUUUUAUUCUUUUGCGGCGGCAUCGUGUUUUUCGUGAAGCAGCUGUUCAAGAAUUAUGAGAUUAAACAUAUAAGCAUUCAGAUGAUCUUCUCCAUUACUUUCGCUUUGAGUUUGACACUUUUCGAAUUAAUCAUAUUUGAGAUCGCUGGAGUCUUGGAGACAACAUCUCGAUUCUUCCAUUGGCGCUUAUCACUUAUAGCGAUUCUUGUAAUGGUGGUUGCUGUCAUUCCUUAUUACAUUGCUCAUUCGUUGAUAAACAAUAUUCGAAUCGUGUCAAAUCGAUAUUCAACUCCAUUGACAAUAGUGCUAUGGCUUGGUUACCUUUACAUCUUCUGGAGGAUUGGUGAUCCAUUCCCACUUCUUUCUACAUAUAAAGGAAUAUUUACAAUAGAACAAGGAGUAUCGAGAAUCGGUGUUGUCGGUGUGACUGUGAUGGCAAUUUUAUCUGGCUUUGGUGCGGUAAACUUUCCAUUCACCAACAUGACUUACUUCAUUCAUCCUGUCACACCAAAUGAUGUUUACAGCACUGAAAGAAAACUAAUGCAAACAAUUGACAUGAUCCUUGCCAAGAAAAAGCGAAUCGCCGUUGAAAGGAGAAAUCGACAGAAACAACCAAACACUACGAGCUCGUUUUGGGGACUCAUAAAGUCAGUUACAAACAGUUCUACAAAUUCUGAAAAUAUUGGACAACUAAGAUUGGAAAUCUCAGGCUUAGAGGAACUCGCACGUCAAUUGUUUUUAGAAGUUCAUGAAAUGAAAAACAUGCAGGAACGCCAAAGGUGGUCUCAAACACUUCAAGGCAAAUAUUUUAAUGUUUUAGGACACUUUUUUAGUCUUUAUUGUUUGUGGAAGAUUUUUAUCUGCACCAUAAACAUUGUUUUCGAUCGUGUUGGGAAGAAAGACGUCGUGACCAGAGGAAUUGAAAUUGUCACUAAUUGGUGUGGAAUACAUAUUGACAUUGCAUUCUGGUCACAAUAUAUUUCCUUCAUUCUUGUGGGAUGCAUUGUUGUGACGUCAAUUCGAGGCUUAUUAAUAACAUUAACAAAAUUUUUCUACAAAAUUUCGUCGAGUAAAUCAUCAAAUAUCAUCGUUUUGAUACUGGCUCAACUCAUGGGAAUGUAUUUCUGCUCAUCAGUGUUGUUAAUUAGAAUGAAUAUGCCAGCGGAAUAUCGAGUAAUUAUCACAGAAGUCUUAAGUGGACUUCAAUUUAAUUUCUUUCAUCGCUGGUUUGACGUUAUUUUCCUAUUAUCAGCGUUGUCAUCAAUAUUCCUUUUAUUCAUCAUCAGAAAACCGCCAGUCAUGGUUGACAAUGACACUUCUUAUGAAAGUAGCAACUAAUUAGUUAUGAAUAAUAAAAUUUCUUAAGAUUGAGAAUAUUAUAAAUGAAUUGUUUUAAUUAAACAAUUAUAAUUUAAAUAUAGGGCCAAUGAUGAAGUGUUCACGUAAGAAAAUAAAACCAAAUUUUUAGCGUCA